AUGGCGCUCACUCACCUCCUCCUGAUCGGCGCGGCGCAGUUACUUGCCUUCUUCACCGGUUCAGAGGCCGGCGCUGUGGGCGUGUGCUACGGUAUGGUGGGUAGCAACCUGAUGCAACCGCCGGCUGUGGUGCAGCUGCUGAAGAAGAAUGGCAUCACAAUGGUGCGGCUGUACGACGCCGAUGCCGGAGCGCUCAGCGCGUUGGCCAACACCGGCAUCAAGGUUGGUGUGUCGGUACCGAACCAAAAUCUGGCAGAUGCGGCUGGAGGAAUGUCGUACGCGCUCCAGUGGGUGCGGAGCAACGUUAAGGCGUACCCGAACACGCUGAUCGACACGGUUGCCGUCGGCAACGAGGUGUUCGACCAGGCACCCCAGCUGACCCCUCAGCUCCUCCCGGCAAUGAAGAACAUCCAGGCCGCGCUGGCCAGCGUGGGGCUGGCGGACGCCGUCAAGGUCACCACGCCCAUCGCGUUCGACGCUCUCAAGGAGUCUUCCCCGCCGUCGAAAGGCGAGUUCAAGGACAACAUCGCGCAGUCGGUGAUGAGCCCCAUGAUCGACUUCCUGGACCGGACCGGCUCACACCUUUCCUUCAACAUCUACCCCUACUUCGCCUACAGGGACCAUCCGGAGCUCAUCUCCCUCGACUAUCUACUGUUCCGCCCCAACAACGGGUUCUAUGACCAGGUCACCGGCCUCACCUACUACAACUUGUUCGAUGCUAUGGUUGAUGCCGUUUUCCAUGCCGUGGAGAAGCUGAGCAGCUCCAGCGAGCAUGCUCGAGGUAGGAUGCUUAGAGGUCGUGGCACGAAAAUAACUUGUUCAGAAUGUGGGUUUCCGACCAAAGGUAAAAUAGGGCCGCCUCUCAAGCACCAGGACGCCUACCCAGCUGAUUAUUUAGGGGGGCAAAAAGAGAGUGCGGCGGCGGCCACCACCGCGAACGCCCAAACCUACAAUUCUAACCUCAUCAGCAAGGUUCUUAGAGGCACCGGCACACCUUACAAACCCAACGCCGACAUCUCCGUCUACAUCUUCUCCUUGUUCAACGAGAAUCUCAAGACCGGCGACGAGGAGGAGCGCAACUUCGGGCUGUUCUACCCCGACGGCACACCCGUCUAUAAGGUCGACUUCGGCCACCCUGGUCCGUCUCCUGCUACCCCUACACCUGCGGGGCCUAGCUGGUGCACGGCGAACGCGGGUGUCGGGGACAAGCGGCUCCAGGAUGCCCUCGACUACGCGUGCGGCCACGGGGCGGACUGCAGCCCCAUCCAGCCCGGCAAACCGUGCUACCAGCCCAACACCAAGGUCGCGCACGCGUCCUACGCAUUCAACGACUACUACCAGAGGAAGGGCCGUGCCAGCGGCACAUGUGACUUCGCUGGAGCCGCUUCGAUUGUCUACCACAAGCCAGGAGGCACCUGCGACGGGAACGCGGCGAGCUGGUGUGUGGCGAACGCGGCCGCAGGAGACAAGCGCCUUCAGGACGCGCUGGACUACGCCUGCGGUCAUGGCGCCGACUGCCGUGCCAUCCAGACCGGCGGUCGGUGCUUCGAUCCCAAUACCAAGGUCGCGCACGCGUCCUAUGCAUUCAACGACUACUACCAUCGCAACGGCAGGUCCGAUAAAUCGUGUGACUUCGCUGGCUGCGGCUCCGUCGUCCACCAGCAACCUAGGUUUGGCAACUGCGCCCUGUGA